UGCCUCCGACUGAUGAAAUGUGGAAAACGUGAACCAGGAGACAUUUUGGUUCCGUGGAGGUAAAAGCAUCGGUGUAAACACAGCUCGUUCCCCGGGAUGGAGACGCUCUGACCGGGGAGGAUCUGUGAGGACGAACCGACCGAUGGCUCCAGUCGCUGCUGCUGCACCGGACGCUGAGAACAAGAUGGAUUCCUGAUGUUCACGUGUUGAUGUCCGGUGUGUUUUCUUCCUGGAGGCGCGAGCACCGUGUGUUGUUGUAGGAGCAGCCUCCAUAUGUCCGGGUGAAGCAUGGACGGCUGGAGCCCGAUCGCAGCAGCCGCCUCGGACAACGACCCGUCCAGCUCCGAGGGGGAGUACAUGGUGGAGCCGGGACCCGAGCCCCGGGAGGCGGCGGCCCGGGAGGACCGGAUGGAGGACCCGGGCUCGGCUGCGGUCGGCUUCGGGAUGAGCAGCAUCGGGGAGGGGAAGGUGGUUCUGGGUCGAGUCGGACCGAGGGACGAUAAAGAACUCCGGUACCUGCACCUGCUGUGGGAACCGGGACGAGCCGAGCUCAGUGUCCCCGGUGGAGGGGCCACCAAGCUGGGGAAGGUGGCGGGGGGUAGCCGGGCCAGGAGACAGCACCGAGCCGGGAGGAGCCUGGGGCCCAUCGGGAAGGAUGUGUACGCUGUGAAAAGACUGAGGGAAGCAGCCAACAGUAAUGAUAUUGACACAGUUCGAAAACUCCUGCAGGACGACAUAGACCCGUGUGUAGCCGACGACAAGGGAAGGACAGCUCUUCAUUUCUCCUCCUGCAAUGGCAACGAGAACAUCGUGCAAUUGUUGCUGAGCCACGGCGCUGACCCCAACCAGCGAGACAGUCUGGGAAAUACCCCCCUCCAUCUGGCGGCCUGUACAAACCAUGUGCCUGUAAUCACCACAUUGCUGAGAGGAGGCGCCCGUGUGGACGCCCUCGACCGAGCAGGCAGGACCCCGCUGCAUCUCGCUCGCUCCAAGCUCAACAUUCUGCAGGAGGGAGAUUCUCGCAGCUUAGAAACCCUGAGAGGGGAAGUCACACAGAUUAUUCAAAUGCUGAGGGAAUACCUGAACUUAAUGGGCCAGAGUGAAGCUAAAGAGAGGCUGGAACACAUCUCCACACAGCUGCAGCACACACGCACCAAAGAGCAGGUGGAUGAGGUGACGGAUUUAUUGGCCAGUUUUACAUCGCUCAGUCUACAGAAACAGAAUUUGGGGGAUAGGUAGAAGACUAAGUUUAUAGUCUUGUAGCUGAGGUCCUGGUCUGCUACAGCAGCCUUCUUCAGACAAGUGAACCUGGACCACGAUACUGUGGUUUUCUGUGCAUAUACCACAUUGAAUAUUAACCUACAGUAACAUUUAAACAUAUAUUUAUUAGCGCACUAAUAUGACAGCAAGGCAAACAAAAGUAGUGUUGGCCUGGUUAUAUUGUAAAGACGCACAGAUCUCUAUAGCCAACACUGUAAUGGAGUUGACAUCCUUUCAGCAUGUGGACGUAACACACAUUAGCUUUUCAGAGGAAAGAUGAAAGAAGGCCCUCAAGGCAAAAACACACUUAAACAGGAAGCUUGUGGAGACAGAAGCUAACCCAGUGCAGCGGGACCUCAGCUCUCUAUUGUGUGAGUGUGUGUGUUCUCUAUGUUGCCUGCCAUUAGCUCUGUGAUCACUAUGAGAUGUGUGUAGUUCUUAUGAAAUUAGUCAAUAGUUUCCCCUGUUGUGACUUAUCUGGGUUUGUGUUCAUCACCACGUUUGGUUCACGAUGCCUUUUUUCUCUUGUGUUGCAUGUUGAUACGUUUGUAUGUGAACUGUGGUGUAAAAAAUUGGUUUGGCUGUUGUUGGAAAUUGAUAUUUGUAAAUCAAUAAAUGAGUAUGUUUGUCUA